UGGGUUCAAGGUGUUAGGACAUCACUGAACAGGUUAUUGAGAAAAGAUCUCUAACUGCUACUCUGAACCACUCUUGAUGGUCAUCAUGCAGCUCACACAAUUGUUUCCAGUGUUCCUUUUUCUUCAGAGGGCUACCAGUGAGAAUGUGCUGAUAUGGCCUGCAGAAGGAAGUCACUGGAUUAAUUUAAAACCUGUCAUUGAGGAGCUGAUCGAGAGGGGUCACAAUGUUACUGUGGUUGUAUACUCGUCUGCACUUUUCAUAAAACAAUCGGAGUCUUCAAGCUUAAAAUUUGAAGUGUUUGAAGUCCCAUUUGUCUCUGGUUCAUAUCAAGAGUUUCUGAAAGAAGCAACAGCAUUCUUCAUGUAUGAGAAACCUUUUUUAUCUUACUGGGCUGCCUACAGAAGAUUCUCAGCAAUCAUGGCAAAUGGAACAAAACUGGCCAGGCAGAUCUGUGAUGGAAUAUUACAAAACCACAAACUGCUGCGGAAACUGCAGGAAGCAAAGUUUAAAGUUCUGCUGGCUGACCCUCUACAUAGUUGUGGUGACCUUUUAGCUCUGAAGCUAGGGAUUCCUUUCAUUUUUACUAUGAGAUUUUCUCCAGGAUUUACAGUAGAGAGAUUUUGUGGGCAAAUCCCAGCCCCUCCUUCCUAUGUACCUGCGACUCUGUCAGAAUUUACAGAUAAGAUGACCUUCUUUGAGAGAGUUCAGAAUAUCAUUUACUUUCUCAUGUAUGAUUUGAUGUGCAAUCAGAUGUGGACUGAUUGGGACUUGUAUUACAGCAAAGUGUUAGAAGGCAGUCACUGGAUUAAUUUAAAACCUGUCAUUGAAGAGCUGAUCGAGAAGGGUCAUAACGUAACUGUGACUGUGCAUGCGUCCACAGUUUACAUCAACUACUCUGAGCCCUCGUCCAUAAUGUUUGAAGUAUUUGAUGUACCGUUUACCCGUGACAGAUACAAAGAAUUCUUUAAUGACAUACUGCAUUUCUGGAUUUAUGAAAAAGCCAUUUUAUCCUACGGAGAUAUAUACAGAAGAUUCACAGAAAUGAUCAGAACAGGAACUGAAUUGAACAGACAGAUUUGUGAUGGAAUAAUAAAGAACUACAAACUGCUGCAAAGACUGAAAGAAACAAAGUUUAAAGUUCUGCUAACUGACCCUAUAAAUCCUUGUGGUGAUCUUCUGGCUAUGAAACUGGGAAUUCCAUUCAUCUUCACUCUGAGAUUCUCCCUUGCAUCUUCAAUGGAGAGGUUCUGUGGACAACUGCCAGCUCCUCCUUCCUAUGUACCAGUUGUUAUGUCUGAACUUUCUGAUAAGAUGACUUUUACCGAGAGAUUUCAAAAUAUUCUUUAUAUGCAGUUAUAUUCACUGAUGAACGAAUGGUUUUGGCAUGACUGGGAUGCGUAUUACAGUGAAGCUUUAGGUAAACCAACAACAUUCUGCGAAACAAUGGGCAAGGCUGAAAUCUGGCUGAUUCGGACAUAUUGGGAUUUUGAAUUUCCCCGCCCCCUUCUUCCCAACUUUGUAUUUGUUGGAGGGCUUCAUUGUCAUCCAGCAAAACCCCUGUCUCAGGAAUUGGAAGAAUUUGUUCAGAGUUCGGGAGAGCACGGCAUUGUGAUCUUUUCGCUGGGCUCGUUGGUUAAGAACCUUACGGCUGAGAAAGCUAACAUAAUUGCUGAAGCACUGGGAGAAAUUCCACAAAAGGUUCUUUGGAGCUAUGCUGGUGAAAAACCAAAGAUGCUAGCAUCGAACACAAAGUUGUAUAAAUGGCUGCCUCAAAAUGAUCUACUUGGACAUCCCAAGACCAGAGUAUUUAUUACUCAUGGUGGUACAAAUGGUAUAUACGAAGCUAUUUACCAUGGGGUGCCCAUGAUCGGAAUCCCUCUGUUUGCGGAUCAACCUGAUAAUAUGGCUCACAUGAAGGCAAAGGGAGCUGCUGUGGUUCUCAGUUUUAUCUCAUUGACUAAACAGGAUUUAAUUAAUGCUGUCAACACGGUGAUCAAUGAUGCAAGUUACAAAGAAAAUGCACUGAAGUUAUCUCGGAUUCAACAUGACCAGCCAAUGACUCCACUGGAGAGAGCGGUGUUCUGGAUUGAGUUUGUAAUGCGCCACGGGGGAGCUCAACAUUUGCGGCCUGCAGCACAUUCCCUAUCCUGGUACCAGUACCAUUGCCUGGAUGUGAUAGCAUUUCUGUUUAUCUGUUUAGCAGCCAUUGUAUUUGCCGUCAAAAAAUGCUGCAUGUUUUGCUGCCGAAAAUGCAGAGGUACAAGGGAAAAGAAAAACAAGGUCGAAUAAUGGUCUUUAAUGAAUAAGGUGACAAAUUUAUAACACCAUUUAACUACUUUGAAAGUUAUAUUAACAUGGUUAAAAUUACAUGGUGCUCUAAAUAUGCUUAAUCAAAACUAAGGAUCAAAAAAAAUCAUUAGAAUCAAUUAUCAAUUUAUUGAUAGUCAUAGCAGCAGGGACCCGGGUUCAAUUCCAGUCUUGGGCAACUGACUAUGUGGAAUUUGC